GACAGUCAAUUCACAACAUUGACCCAAAACAUCCUCCGCACUCAACUGCUCUGCAACUCCUCCCUCUCCUCGACACACCCAUAUAAAACCCUUCACAAACCCUCCUUGUCUGCAAACCGCCAUACACCCACAAAAAUCAACCUCCACAAUGCAUAAAACUCCUUCAGGCUCCACGCUGGGCGCCGGUGGCCUCGACCUCACCCAGGCCUUCUUCAAGCCCAUCUCCAAUGCCGCCGCUCCCUCCCUCACCAAACGCCACACCAAGAUCUCCGUCAUCGGCGCCGGCAACGUCGGCAUGGCCAUCGCCCAGACCAUCCUCACCCAAGACCUCGCCGACGAGCUCGUCCUCGUCGACGCCAAGCCCGACAAGCUCCGUGGCGAGAUGCUCGACCUCCAGCACGCCGCCGCCUUCCUCCCCCGCACCAAGAUCCUCGCCGACGUCGACUACGCCGUCACCGUCGGAUCCGACCUCUGCAUCGUCACCGCCGGCGCACGACAGAUCGUUGGCGAGUCCAGGCUCAAUCUCCUCCACCGCAACGUCGCUCUCUUUCGGAACAUUAUCCCGCCGCUAGCAAUGUAUUCGCCAGAGACGAUCUUGAUGAUCGUGUCCAACCCAGUUGAUAUCUUGACCUACGUGGCCUGGAAGUUGUCCGGAUUCCCCAGCAAUCGGGUUGUCGGUACGGGUACCAAUCUGGAUUCGUCCCGGUUUCGGUUCCUCAUCGCCGAUCACCUCGAUGUCAAUGCUCAGGAUGUGCAGGCUUACAUUGUUGGGGAGCAUGGUGACAGCUCGGUGGCAUUGUGGUCGAGCAUUAGUGUCGGGGGAGUGCCGGUGUUGAGUUUCUUAGAAAAGCAACAAAUAGCAUACGAGAAAGAGACGCUAGAGAGCAUUCACAAGGCGGUUAUAGACAGUGCCUAUGAGGUGAUAAGUCUGAAAGGGUAUACUUCCUGGGCAAUUGGGUACUCGGCAGCUGCGCUAGCUAAGAGCAUACUGAGAGAUCAGAGGAAGAUUCACCCGGUUUCCGUGCUUGCAAAGGGGUUCUAUGGGGUGGAUGGUGGAGACGUGUUCUUGAGCUUGCCUGCCCAGCUUGGGAGGGGUGGGGUGUUGGGGGUUACCAACGUGCAUUUGACUGAUGAGGAGGAACAAAGGUUGAGAGAUUCUGCUAAUACCAUUUUGGAUUUGCAGGGUCAGUUGGGACUCUGAACUUGAUUGGAAGAAUUUCUUUGUUCGGUUUGAAGGGAAGAGUUGUCCAGGCUUUGUAAGGUCGCUCGCUAAUAUGAAACAUGCUCAUGAUGUACCAAAACAAAAUAAAGAAACAAACCGUGUGUUGGUUUAACUUUUGGCUUUUGCUGUGCUUCAUAUGUUGCAAUGAAUGAUGCAGUUGUAUUA